ACGUAGCGCCUCUAUGUUGUGUACAUUGGAUAUCAAAAGAAACUUAUUGGAUAUCAGUGAACUAGGCUCGGGUAAGACCAAACGUCAAAAUCAAGCAUCCUAUUGGUCCAAGCAAUGUCAUCUUAUCCAAAAAUCUAAUCCAAACUCCGCCGUCCAAAACAUCAACAAAAACAAACUCCCAACUGCAGCACAACAUACAACGCCCAAUUGCAGCUCAACAUCCAUCGGCUACAUCGUUAUGGCAACUCAAGCAGGUCUCUUCACCCCCACAAUCACCGCCCCAAAAUCUCUGGCUCCAUGGAAGCCAUCCUCAUCAUUUUCAUUCGCUACCCCCAAGUCCCUCAACUUCUCAAUGUCUCAGAGAACCAUUAGGGCUGCGGCUGCAGAUGAGGCAUCUGCUGCCACAAAGGAAGCACCAGUUGGUUUCACCCCUCCAGAAUUGGACCCGAAUACCCCAUCACCCAUCUUUGGAGGAAGCACUGGAGGACUGCUGCGAAAGGCCCAAGUUGAAGAAUUCUACGUCAUCACUUGGGAUUCACCCAAAGAACAAAUCUUCGAGAUGCCAACCGGAGGAGCAGCCAUCAUGAGGCAAGGACCUAACUUGCUGAAGUUGGCCAGGAAAGAGCAGUGUUUGGCACUUGGUACUAGACUGAGGUCUAAGUACAAGAUCAAGUACCAAUUUUACAGGGUUUUCCCUAACGGUGAGGUUCAAUACCUUCACCCCAAAGAUGGAGUUUAUCCUGAGAAAGUGAACCCAGGUCGUCAAGGGGUGGGGCAGAACUUCAGAUCAAUUGGGAAAAAUGUCAGUCCCAUUGAAGUUAAGUUCACUGGGAAACAAGUUUAUGACUUGUAAGAUGAGAGACUAUUGGGAGAGUGCUUAGUAGUGAACGAUAUUGAUGUAACCAUGAUUAUGUGAUUAUUGAUGUUUCUGUCAACUGUUCUAUGUAGUUUUCCUUCCCUCCUUUUCCUCCCUCCUGUAUUUGGCCCAUUUUCUAGGGCUUAUGAAAUGUUUGGAGAAGUUUUUCAUGAUUAUAAAACAUUUUAAUCGACUCUAAAAACUUCUUUAUGCUCUCUCUCUCGACAAAAGUGGGAUGAUGAGUAUUAAUUUAGUAGGAAGCUAGCUUAUAUAUAUGUAAUAAGGCAACGGCUCUUAAGACGAGUAAAA